AUAUUUUAUCUGUAUAAACUCCCCCAAUGAACCAACAUAACGUAACACCAGACCCAUGCAUAACAAUGACUUAGCACCAGCAAACCAUCAUCAUCUCCAAAAUGAGAAUCACUCGCCAAUAGAAGAAUACAACCGCAUGUGAGGAGGGCAGGCAACAAUAUUCAUAAUUAUAUCCACUACCUGGGUCUGUAUAGAUAUAUGAGACGACGAUGUUGUUUUUUAUUACAGAGAAAAGUGGUUGUUGCUGAAGAUGAGAUACUGAACCCACCGUGGGGCAAUAUCCUCUUACGUUCAUUACUUUUAUGACAGGCAGCUCGGCGUACAUACUUUUAGGACGGUUAAACUGAACCAGGAAUAAGGCAGCAGGUAAGGUUUAGAGAGACUGCAAAUGAAAAUCUUUACAUUUUUCUCCAUCCCUGACUAAAUUGGCACAAGAAAUAAAUUGGCUCCACACUACAACUCAUCUUAUUCAGUAUUCGUAGAUGCUUAAAUUCUAUGUACACAAUAUGUACAAUUACAACUUUUCAGAGAUGAACUUUUGCUACAUCGAUCCUGAAUCUCAUUAAGUUCUGUCUCCGUUAUGUCAUUUAAUUUACUUUAACAAAUACCAUCAUUUCGUCAAUGGAUAAUAUGCAACUCGUCACUCCUUUACACGUGCGAAUGACAAAUCCCUUGAAUAAUUUUAUGCCAAAAAAUCCGGGAAAUAUGUCAGAGUAAAACCCGGGUAACAAGGAUGAUGCGGUGUUUCUAACCAGAAAGGGUUGCAAAAAUCAAGUUGAGACUUGUAAAAUCUCAUUCACAUGGGAACCAAACGAGCGAGCGAGCGAGUGUUGUGAGAAAAUCCCAACCGCCAACUGCUCUCGCUCCCUCUCAAAAAUAAUGUAACGGUCGCACGCUUCAUUCCUCUUAUGUCAAAGCAAAGAGCUGGAGUACCGAAGAUUCGACUUGGACAUCAAAACAAUAAGUAUUUCUUUUAAUUUUCCAGGUAGGUAAUUGAACUGGGGUGCAGAAAUGGAAGCUUUGUUAAAAGAAGACACGAAGGGGAAGGUAGAUGGGGAAGAAUUCGAAAUUUGCUCAGGAGAGUUCACCCAAGAGGAGAGGGAUUACUUGGUGAAAACUGGACAGAUGAUUGAGAAGGAUGGACAAUUUUUGGACAUUUCAACUUUAACCGAAAGCGGAUUUGAACAAGAUCUAGACGAAUCACUGAAAGAAAAUGUCCCUGAAGCAGAAGUUUCAAUACUUUGUGAUCCGAGCAUGAAAUUAGGAACGCCAUUGGCUGCCGUCAGUACCCCAGUUACUCGUGGAAGUGUACGAAAAGCCCUGAUGGAGGCACCGAUCGUAGUUACCCCAGCACCACAACCAAUUGCACAUAAUGAUUGCAACACUCUUAGCGAAAAUCCAUUGUCGUGCAUGGAAGUUUCAAUGCUGAAUAUGAAUUCAGGAAUGACUCCUGUAGCAGUACAAAAACCUGCUGUAAAUACUCCAGUUACUCGUGGAAGUCUUCGAAAGAAACUCUUGGAAAAUUCGGUUCGUUCUUGUGGAGUUACAAUGGACCCUUCACAAGAUGAAUCAAUGCAAGAUAACCCGAUAGCGUCUCUUGAAGUAACAAUGCUAAACGAGAAUUCGGGGAUGACCCCAGUGCAAAAAUCUGCCGUCAACACCCCAGUUACUCGUGGAAGUACAAGAAAGAUGCUAAGAGAAAAUUCAAUUAUUGGCACACCAGCAAUUGCUGAUUCAAACGAUCCUAAAAUUCCACUUUUAGCUGAAAAUCCAUUGGCGUGCAUGGAAGUUUCAAUGUUGAAUAUGAAUUCUGGAAUGACGCCGGUAGCGCUGGAAAAAUCUGCUGUAAACACUCCAGUGACUCGUGGAAGUGUGCGAAAGGCCAUGAACGAAGCAUCUUUCGUUGUAACCCCCGGACUACAACAAAUUUCAAAGGAUGAUUGCAACUUUCAUGGCGAAAAUCCAUUGGCGUCCAUGGAAGUGUCAAUGUUGAACAUAAGUUCAGUGACUCCGAUGGCACUGCAAAAAUCUGCUGUAAACACUCCAGUGACUCGUGGAAGUCUUCGAAAGAAACUGCUGGAAAACUCGGUUCGUUCUUGUGGAGUUACAAUGAACAGUGCACAAGUGGAAUCCAUGCAAGAUAACCCAAUGGCGUCUCUUGAACUAACGAUGCUAAAUGAGAAUUCGGGGAUGACCCCAGUGCAAAAAUCUGCCGUUAACACCCCAAUGCAAAAAUCUGCCGUCAACACUCCAGUGCAAAUCUUUGCCAUCAACGCCCCAAUGACUCGUGGAAGUAUGCGAAAAGCCCUGAUGGAGGCACCGAUCGUAGUUACCCCAGCACCACAACCAAUUGCACAUAAUGAUUGCAACACUCUUAGCGAAAAUCCAUUGUCGUGCAUGGAAGUUUCAAUGCUGAAUAUGAAUUCAGGAAUGACUCCUGUAGCAGUACAAAAACCUGCUGUAAAUACUCCAGUUACUCGUGGAAGUCUUCGAAAGAAACUCUUGGAAAAUUCGGUUCGUUCUUGUGGAGUUACAAUGGACCCUUCACAAGAUGAAUCAAUGCAAGAUAACCCGAUAGCGUCUCUUGAAGUGUCGAUGCUAAACGAGAAUUCGGGGAUGACCCCAGUGCAAAAAUCUGUCGUCAACACUCCAGUGACUCGUGCAAGUUCCAGAAAAAUUCUAAGGGAAAAUUCAACCAUAGGCACACCAGCUUCGGCAAUAGUUGAGUCAAACGAUCCUAAGACUCCACUUUUAGCUGAAAAUACACUAUCAUGCAUGGAAGUGUCAAUGCUGAAUAUGAAUUCAGGAAUGACACCGGUAGCACUGGAAAAACCUCCUGUAAACACUCCAGUGACUCGAGCAAGUGUGAGAAAAGCCUUGAUGGAGGCAACGAUCGUCGUCACACCCACAGCAGAACGAAUUGCACCGAAUGAUUGUAACACUCCUAGUGAUAAUCCAUUGGAGUCCAUAGAAGUAUCACUGUUGAACGUGAAUUCGGGAAUGACUCCGACGGCAUUACAAAAAUCUGCUGUAAACACUCCAGUGACUCGUGGAAGUCUUCGAAAGAAACUCUUGGAAAAUUCGAUUCGCUCUAGUGGAGUAACAAUGGAUCGUGUGCAGGACAACCCAAUGGCGUCUCUUGAAGUAACGAUGCUAAAUGAGAAUUCGGGAAUGACCCCAGUGCAAAAAUCUGCCGUCAACACCCCAGUUACUCGUGGAAGUGUGCGAAAGGUCAUGAACGAAGCAUCUUUCGUUGUAACCCCUACACCACAACCAACUUCUUCUACUGUUUGCACCACUCCUAGCGAAAAUCCAUUGGCGUCCAUGGAAGUGUCAAUGUUGAACAUAAGUUCAGGAAUGACUCCGGUAGCAGUACAAAAACCUGUUGUAAAUACUGCAGUUACUCGUGGAAGUCUUCGAAAGAAACUCUUGGAAAACUCCGUUCGUUCUUGUGGAGUGACAAUGGACAGUGCACAAGUGGAAUCCAUGCAAGAUAACCCAAUGGCGUCUCUUGAAGUAACAAUGCUAAACGAGAAUUCGGGGAUGACCCCAGUGCAACAAUCUGCCGUCAACACCCCAGUUACUCGUGGAAGUGCAAGAAAGAUGCUAAGAGAAAAUUCAAUUAUUGGCACACCAGCUUCGGCAAUAAUUGAGUCAAACGAUCCCAAGACUCCACUUUUAGCUGAAAGUACACUAUCAUGCAUGGAAGUGUCAAUGCUGAAUAUGAAUUCAGGAAUGACACCGGUAGCAGUGGAAAACACUCCAGUGACUCAUGGAAGUGUGCGAAAAGUCUUGAUGGAUACAACGGUCGUAGUCACCCCUACACCAGAGCGAAUUGCACAGACUCAUAACACUCCUGGUGAAAAUUCAUUGGCGUGCAUGGAAGUAUCAAUGUUGAACAAAAGUUCAGGAAUUCUACAGGAAUCAUUUGUCCAUACUCCAAUGACUGAAAUCAAAGAAAAAUCCGAAAUGUUGCUUGAGCCAUCGCCUGCGCCAUUUAUUGAAUUUUCAACUCCGCUCGCAUCUACUAUUCCAAGAAUUCGAUCGAAAACGUUCUCUGGACCCAGAAAAUCAGACGUGUACAACAAGAGUCAAAACAUAUCUGUGGAUUUGCUAAAGUUUGAUGAUAGCGUCAUUAUAAGUGAAGCUUCACAGGAGCCAAAAUCCACCAACUUAAUUACGCUUGAUGACAGCGAGAAGUGCUCGCAAAAAAAUAGCACGAAAGGAACGGAAGACUUAGAAACUACAUUGGAUGAAAUGACCCGGUACUUGGCUUUGGAUGAAAAAUUGGAAGCAGAAGAAUUGAACAACACGGACAUUGUGAAAGAAACGCCCGUCAAACUCGCUUCAGGUCAGUCAGAUACACCGUCUCAAUUAAAAGACAAGCGAUUGUUGCAGCUGACCGGAGGAAGAGACAUGCUAUUCUCUCCCAGCCCACCAAGACCCACUUCAACUUCUGGGACAACUCCAGUAUUUAAGACACCAAUAAACCGCCCAAAAAGUGUUACACCGAAAUUUAGCGGCUCGCCUUCUCGCUAUGCACAUAUCCAAGCUAAAGUAGACAGUGGUCUACGAAGACCUUCAUCCGGUGGCUUCUCAAUGGGAUUGGAUUCACCUGUUGCUAAUUACAUUCACUCAAAAGCUGUCCCAUCCGCGUUCCAAAGAAUUGCCGGAAUUCCUAAUAAAUUCCCCAUGUCUGCUGGCAAAACUGUUAAUGCAAAGCAAGUUGGAACAAUAACAAUGAUUCCUCGUCCGUCAUUGCCAUCUCUCACUGGCUCUUCAAAAUUCAACGCACAUAUCGCUUCACAGACUGGAUCACAGACUACGGACGCGAACAAGUUUAAGCAACAUCAAUACACUGGACCGAAAUCUACGAUUUUGAACAACUUUUCCUUUACGGAAAAGCAUCAAAAGGAAAAUUACUUGGCAGAAAGGCACACUGGAAUUCGAGCUAAAGAAGAAAACGUGGAUGUCUCAAUCGUUCAAGGAGCGGUUAUCCAGAAAAAGUUUAUUCAGUCCAAGUUAGCUACUCCCCGUAGUUAUGUCAAGUAAAAUUAUCUUGGUUUACAAUUGUUGUUUGACCCUUGUUUGUAGGUCUGAGAAUGAUCCAUGAUCACCUCGAAUGCUGCAAUCUUAAUUCAUAAGAAGAACGUUUUUUGUAUUUUUGAUAUAUUUAACAAUGCUAAUUAUAGUAUGUUCACAUGUUCCAAUAUGGGAUGUGUGGGUUCACAAACCCUGUUAUGUUUGAAUUAGAAUUGAAUUGCCAGGAAAUGUAAUUGUAAUUGUGUAAUUGAGUAAUAUGAGGGGCCAACUAAUUAGAUUAGAACAACCAUUAUGCAAACCAUUUUUCAUGAUUGAAUGUAGCAGCUCAUGUAUUUUUCAAUGAAAAAUUUAAAAAAAAUAUAAAAAAUGGAGGUAACUUUGAAAGUUAAACUGCGAGAAAUGUUUUUUUCAUUAUUAUUAGCAUUAUUCAUCUUUGCUUCGCACUUGGAAUAUCGUUACAGCAGAAAAAGAAAAAGCAGUUAGGCAGCAAUGGAAUUUCAUUGUACAAAGCUAGUUCUCAAAAUAGAUUUGUUUUAUAAACAACGCUCUAUAAGCAUUAAUAGGAACUCGGUUUUACAAACAAUUGCAAUAAAUCAGAGUCGACUUUAAGGAUUAAUGUAAUUUAACACCUGAAGUAGUACAUACAAUAGUCUAUAAUUUUGGACCUUUAAGAUUUCAAAGAAAAAUGUAACAAAUUACUUUUCUGUGCAUGUUGUACGUAGUAAUUUUACAGACUGAUUGUGAGAAUAAAAUAAUCUGUUAUAA